UCAGACCAGCCAGCAACAUGCAAACUUUAAAACUCCCUCAUAGAUUGCAGAAGUGUAACACUGACAGGGUUGGAGGACGACCAGGUUGACGAGGCACCAGUCGACAGGUAAACAAGGCAACAGAACAUUCAGCAUGGUGGGAAGGAGACGCGGCUCCAGAGCCACCAGGGGGUCACAGCAGCCCCAACAGCAACGCACGGGGGGACCCCGCAAGAGUCUGAGAGAGCCAGCCUUAUUUGCCAAGGAAGCAGGAUAUGAGUCGGAGGUCCCUCAUGAAAAGCUGACCAUCGCCCAAGCCAAGAAAGGCACACCAGCAAUCCGGCCGGUCCGAGUCUAUGCUGAUGGGAUCUUUGACCUCUUCCACUCUGGACACGCUCGCGCUCUGAUGCAAGCCAAGAACUUGUUCCCCAACACACAUCUCAUAGUGGGAGUCUGCAGUGAUGAACUCACACACCGGUAUAAGGGCUACACGGUGAUGACAGAGUCUGAGCGCUACGAAGCCCUGAUACACUGUCGCUAUGUGGAAGAGGUGGUACGAGAUGCUCCCUGGACCCUCAGCCCUGACUUCCUGAAGAAACAUAAGAUUGACUUUGUAGCGCAUGAUGAUAUCCCAUACACCUCUGCUGGAUCAGAGGAUGUCUACAAACACAUCAAGGAAGCAGGGAUGUUUGUGGCCACACAGAGGACAGACGGCAUCUCUACAUCCGACCUCAUCACCAGGAUAGUGAGAGACUACGACCUCUAUGUCCGACGCAACCUGCAGAGAGGCUACACAGCCAGUGACCUCAACGUUAGCUUCAUCAGGGAGAAGAAAAUACGUCUUCAAAACCAGGUGGAUCGUAUGAAGGAGACGGUGAAGACAGUAGAGGAGAAGUCCAAGCACUUUGUGCACUCGGUGGAGGAGAAAAGCCAAGACCUCAUCCACAAGUGGGAGGAGAAGUCCCGGGAGUUCAUUAGUAAUUUCCUGGAGUCGUUUGGUCCAGGUGGAGCGUGGCAUGUGAUCCAGGAGAAGAGUGGGCGCAUGCUCCAGGCUCUGUCACCCUACGCAUCGCCCGUCGCCUCGCCCCGUGGCUCCCCGAGCAGCAGCCCCACUAGAGGGCGCUCCCCAUCGCCUCCCUCCUCUCCCUCCUCUCAAUCCCCUCGUUCUCCUCGUUCCUCCGCCACCUACCCCAAGGGUGCCUCUGCCCAUCCCUCAACUUCCCUCAGCAGCACGAGUGAGGGGGAUGACGACGAGUAGUUUAGGAAAAAAAACACUCAGUUGACAAACAAUAACAAAACAUAUCAUGCUGUCUCUCUCUCUGUCUUUCCCUCUUUCCAUCUCU